GAGAAACUGAAAGUGUGCCAGUGAUUAACCCUGCAACACAGAUUGCCCAGUUGCAGGCUCUGGCUUCUGAACUUAAAAGUAGCUUCACUGAAGCAAUGCAAGAACUUUCAAGAAUUCAACACGGAGAAUAUGCUCUUGAGGAGAAGGUUCAAAGUUGCCGGUGUGCAAUGGAGGAGAAAGUGGCUGAAAUGAAACAUUCUCUGAAUGGCUUCAAGGAGGAGCUUAAUGAUGCCAAAUCUAUGAUUGAGGAAAUCAAUGCCAAACAAGAAGAGAUGCAGCAGAAAAUUGAGCAGCUGCAGCAAGAGAAACGGAAGGAAUCUCGCAAGCUCAAGGUGAAAAGGAUCCAAAAAGAGGAGCAUGGUUCCCAAACUGUGCCUACCCCUCUGCAAGGAAGCCCCUUUCGAGCCCUGAAACUUCCGGACCCAGUUUUAAUUAAUGAAGAUUUUGUAAAGCUUUUGCACAAUACAACGUAUGAGAAAGUCUCUGAUUGCAUACCUAGGACACUGGGAGAAAGCUAUAUGAGAGGGCUAACCAGUACAAAUCUGGACAGAGAAGAGAACCUCCUAGCUUCCUCAUCAGGUGAUGCUCCAUCAAAGGGUCAGGCAUCAUCAACAUCAUGGAAACAGCCCAAAGGCAGUAAAGAGAGGAAUGAUGAACAUAUUUCAAAGAACUUAAGUGAUAGGCAGAGAGAUUUGGGUCCAAAUAAAUAUAGCUCAAUAGAAAAUUUGAUGUGGGAUCCUUCUGUUGCAGCUAAAAGGCAAAACAUUGCUUUGGACUUAUUAGAGUCUGAAAGAAAGUAUGUUGUCAGCCUCUCUCUUGUUCUGAAAGUUAAAUCCACAUUGCAUGGAACAGAAGUUAAAAGAAAUACGAAGGAAAGAAGUUUGUUCCCCAAUUCUUUGAGAUACUUGGUCCAGCAACAUGUAGAUUUACUUCAUGCCUUGCAGGAAAGAGUGUUGAGCUGGCCUCAACAAGGAAUCCUGGGAGACAUAUUUCUCAAAUUGACCAAUGAUGAGAACAAUUUUUUGGACUAUUAUAUUGCUUACUUGAGGGACUUGCCAGAAUGUAUCUCUUUGAUCCAUGUGGUGAUUCUGAAAAAGAUUGAGGAAGAAAUCAAGUCUGACCUCUACAUAUUUUUCUUUCAUAUUGUCCAGCGCAUCCCAGAAUAUCUUCUUCAUUUGCAAAACAUCCUGAAGUACACUGAGCAAGAGCACCCAGAUUAUUACCUUCUUCUUGUUUGUGUUCAGCGCCUGCGAGUUUUCAUUUCUCACUACAGUCUUCUCUUCCAGUGCAAUGAAGAUCUGCUAAUACAGAAACGAAAGAAACUGAGAAAAUCUUCCUUCAUAAAGUUAUAUAAAGGUCUAGCCUCUCAGUGUCCCAGCAGCGGACAAGCAGCAUCUCCAACACCGAGUGCAACUUCCUUUCACAAUAGUGGAAUCCAUUCUGAAGAGACAGUGCAACUAUUCCCAUCAGCCUCUGCUUCUGGAACAGCUGCUAUGCAUUUGAUGUCACACAUAAAAAAGGGCCAACCAGAAAUGGCAAACAUCCCAGGGAAACCAUGUGAGUGGGAAGCUGAUGGAAGAAAGCGUGGCAGGCCAGAGAGUGUUCUAACACCAUCUCAGUUCAAUGAGGGGGACCUGAAGGCUCUGGCAGCUUCCCUACAGCCUCUUCCAGACAUUGAGUUCAAUGCUGCUUCAUCAGAUGCAAAAGAAAACCUUGAGAAAUCUCACAAGGCUUCUAUGGAGCUUCUGCAAGACAGUAUAAGCUUCACUCCCGAUUUUGAAGAUUUUGAAUACAGAGGGAAUACAUAUUCCAUUCCUGGACUCUACGAGGAAGAACCCCUGGCUGUCCUUCAGACUUGCUCACCAGCCUCUUCUGAAUCUAGCAUUGACAUCUGCUUCUUGCGGCCUGUGAACUUCCCAAUGGAACCAGAAAAGGCAGAGCGCACUUUGCAACCACUUUCCAAGAGCAGUGAUCCAGAGCACAGCAGCAGCAGCACCUCCAAGCGCGAGGCUUUUCGGAGCAAAGGCAAACAACUGAGUCGGUCCUUGAAGGAGUUCCCCCGGAGUGGGUCAGAAGGCAUCAGCCCAAGGCUGUAUAGCACAAGGAGCAGCAGUGGGAGUCGGCUGUCAAACUUGCAGGAAAGAGGCUUCCAGCUCCAUGAGGCCUCUGCCACCUCCAGGAGCUCCCAGUGGAACUACUUUCCUCCACAGCGGGGACUGGGUGAAAAGCAAAGCUUUGUAGAAGAGAUGCAUUUAGAAGACAUCAGAUUCUCUUGUAGAGAUGAUAAUGAGCAAACAUCUUUCAGCAGCCACACACCACGGCAAGAACAGAAAAGAGGUUUUCGCAGUUCCUUUUGCAAACUUUUCAAAAAGAAAUGA